CACGUCACUUCCACCUCCGAUCGUCGCGUGGCGUUAUCGGGGCGAAAUCCCAGGGUCCACGCGCGGGUCGGUCCACGACCAAAGAUCAAAGGUGGUCGAGAUGUUUGAUGUGUGUCGCGGUGUGUCGGCGCGGCGCAAAUUCAGUCGUUCGUCGACCGUCUCGAAGUCCACCUUCCGAUCUCCUCUUCUCGCUUUUACGCAACACGCACACCCUGUCCUUUGUACCACGUACACGGCACGCCCGCGAGUGAGACGUGGUGAAGAAGUGCGACGCAGAGAGUAGACUGCACGCACACAUACACACCCACAUAUAUGCGAACACCACAUCAUUCUUCACACCGACACUCCUGAAUCGUGCCUAGUGAUAAUUUCCUCUCCCGCGAUCGCGCGGUGGGAAAAGCGUACGACGGCCGGCUGGAAGUGAUCUCUCGGUGAGCAGGAAAGUCGCGAGAAGGAACCGCGGUCGCUUUGUCACGAAACUCGUUAGGGAAAUGGAAGGUUUCUGGAUCUACGGCGCGAUCCACGCGAUCAAGGCUCUGUCGUACGUGUACGACUUGCUGACCUUCCCCGUGUAUCUCAUACUUCAACGACCAUGGGAGAAGCGUAAGGCCUCCAGGAGGAUUAAGGCCCGUCCAAUCUCCAAAGAUGACAACCAGAUCACUUACAGAAGCGUCGAUUCUCCCAAAUCGAUGCACAUCAUGCUCGAACGUGAAAAGGUUGAUACUCUGGAAAAGGUACUUCUUUGCGUUGUCAAAAUGUACGGCGAUAAGAAGUGCCUUGGUACCAGACAAAUCUUAGCAGAGGAAGAUGAACCUCAACCUAACGGCAGAAUCUUCAAAAAGUAUAAAAUGGGAGAGUACAAAUGGAAGUCAUUUAGCGAAGUCGAAAAGUUGGCCUCUUCCUUCGGCCGAGGUUUGGUAGAACUCGGUAUGAAGCCACGUAAUAAUAUUGUUAUCUUCGCCGAGACGAGAGCAGAAUGGAUGAUAGCGGCACAUGGAUGUUUCAAACAGAAUUUCACUGUGGUGACGAUAUACGCGACUUUAGGCGAUGAGGCUAUUGCUCAUGGUAUCAACGAAACCGAAGUAGAUACUGUCAUUACCAGCCAUGAACUUCUGCCAAAAUUCAAGCGUCUACUAGACAUGGUACCGGAAGUCAAGAAAAUUAUCUAUAUGGAAGAUCAACUCAAACCGACUAGCACCAAAGGUUACAAGGAUGGAGUGCAAUUGUUACCCUUUACCGAUGUUAUUAAAAUGGGCAAUAAGUCAAGUGCGAGUGCUAACUCGCCAAAGAAUGAUGAUACCGCUAUAAUUAUGUAUACGUCUGGUUCGACGGGAGUGCCGAAAGGCGUCCUUCUUUCUCACAAAAAUAUCAUUAGUACUCUAAAAGCAUUUUCCGAUGCUGUAGAGAUUAGAUCAGACGACGUUUUUCUCGGUUUCUUGCCAUUGGCCCAUGUCUUUGAGCUACUGGCCGAAAGUGUGUGUCUUUUAACCGGAGUGCCCAUCGGUUACAGCUCACCGCUUACACUGAUUGAUUCGAGUAGUAAGAUUCAGAGAGGAUCGAAGGGUGAUGCUUCCGUCCUACAUCCAACUUGCUUAACUGCAGUACCGCUUAUUCUCGAUCGAAUUUCCAAAGGAAUAAACGAAAAAGUGAAGAAAUCUGGUCCAUUUAGACAAGCUAUUUUUAAUUUUGCAUAUGAAUACAAACUGAAGUGGACGAAACGAGGCUAUGAAACGCCUCUUUUCGACAAGUAUAUCUUCGGAGCCGCAAAGCAAGUACUAGGCGGUCGUGUUAGACUUGUGCUCUCUGGAGGCGCUCCGCUCAGUCCGGAUACUCAUAAUCAAGUGAAACUUUGCCUAUGCGUCACCGUAACUCAAGGAUAUGGACUCACAGAAACGACUUCUUGCGCAACCGUUAUGGAUACGUACGAUAGAACUACCGGAAGAGUUGGAGCACCUACUACGGUUUGCGAUAUCCGGUUAGAGAAUUGGGAAGAAGCUGGUUAUCGAGUCAAAGAUCAUCCACAUCCUAGAGGAGAAAUAGUGAUCGGUGGAGACAUAGUUUCCGCGGGUUACUAUAAAUUGCCGGAUAAAACGAAAGAAGACUUCUUCCGAGAGGAUGGCAGACAAUGGUUCCGAACAGGUGAUAUCGGCGAAAUUCAUGCAGAUGGUUCCAUCAAAAUUAUUGAUCGAAAGAAGGACUUGGUUAAAUUACAACUCGGCGAGUACGUUUCUUUGGGUAAAGUUGAGGCAGAGUUAAAGACUUGUCCUGUCGUAGAAAACAUAUGCGUCUAUGGCGAUGCGAAUAAAGCGUACACAGUGGCAUUGGUUGUACCUAACCAGCAUUAUUUAGAAGAAAUUGCUAGUAAUCUAGGCAUAACUGGAAAGAAUCUCGAGGAACUUUGUAACAAUCCACAGAUCGAGAAAGCGGUACUUCAAGAACUUGUUGAGCAAGCGAGGAAAUGUAAGCUCCAAAGGUUUGAAAUACCCGGUGCGGUGAAGUUGUGUGCAGAACAAUGGUCACCCGAUAUGGGUUUGGUCACCGCGGCGUUUAAACUCAAGAGGAAAGCGGUUCAGGAACGUUAUAAACAUGAAAUUAAUAGGAUGUAUGCCUCGUGAUGUUCCGCCAUAGGAUGCACUAAAUGUUGCGUAUAAUGGGGAUUUAAACCUAAGAAAUUACCUUGUCCAACAGACGGUACCUCGAUAAUUCACAGAUACAUGUAAACAUUGUCAUAAACUCACAUUUUACACUGGUCACGGGACACGUGCCAAGCUCGUGGUAAUCGCGUGUGCAAUCGUAAUGAUAAUCAAAAGAUCUCUGCAUUCUUCGAAUGAUUUUCUCAAUUCCGUCAUCUGAUUAAUAAUCCGCUGACGUUUGAUCAAAUUGUCGUUAAUUCAUUUAAUUGAGCCGAGAAGUUUAUUUGUAGAACGCCGAGAUCUUAUGAUCUAAAAAUGAAAGUAUCGCUUUUUUAAGGCAUUUUUUCAUUAGGUCUUCCGAGCGCGAUAAAUUUUUUGCAAUUUUACAUCGAUAUCGAUUAUUACACAAGUCGAGUAUUCAAUUUCGUGAUACGAAACCGAUGGGAUUUCUUAUGUAUCACUUUCCGUAUUCACUUUACGUACGAAUUAUUAAUGAUAAAUGGAUAUCGUAAAGUUAUACCGUAGCGCGAUAUU